AGUCUAUGGUGCGGCGUCAAGUUCAGAGUUCACUAAAAAGAAAAUUUGACAGCGUGCUUGUGUUGUCUUCUAGAAAUAACGUGAGCUCAUGCGUGUUUAUAGAGUUUAAUAUUUACUGAAGCUGAAGACUUAAGAGUGAAGGUAUGAGGAACCUGAAGCUGAAGAUGAGUGUGUGCUCUGCGGAGCUGCAGGCUCCAGGCUCCCCUCAGUGUUUCUCAGUCAGGAUGGACUCAGGCUCCCUGCUCAUCGCUUCCCCAUUUUCCAUUAUGGAGUACGACCCACGAAACGCACAGGUGCUGAACGAGGUGUCCCUCACGGCGGAGGACUACCUGCCGAUGGAUGGUAGUGGAACUGUAGUGGGCAUCCAGGACCUUCCAGACCAGGAGUGUGUGUGUGUGGCCACGUCCACUGGAGACGUCAUUCUCUACAACCUCAACACACACCAGCUGGAGUGUGUGGGCAGUGUUGAUAGUGGCCUCACGGGAAUGAGUUGGAGUCCCGAUCAGGAACUGGUCACUUUAACCACAGGACAACAGACCAUCAUUAUGAUGACUAAGGACUUUGAGCCCAUUACUGAGGUUCAGAUUCACCAGGAGGACUUUGGGGAAGGGAAGUUUAUCACCAUUGGCUGGGGGAAGAAGGAGACUCAGUUCCAUGGUUCUGAAGGAAAACAAGCAGCACAGAAGAAAAAUAUAGAGGAGUUGCCUGCAGUAGAGUGGGACGACCGAAGGCCUAGGGUGACAUGGAGAGGAGAUGGACAACUGUUCGCCGUCAGCGCUGUGUGCCCUGAAACCGGAGCAAGGAAGGUGCGGGUGUGGAACAGAGAGUGUAUUUUGCAGGCCACCAGUGAGACCAUCAAUGGCCUGGAGCAAGCACUGUGCUGGAAGCCCUCAGGUAGUCUGAUUGCCUCUACUCAGCGUCAUCCAAACAAACACAGUGUUGUGUUUCUGGAGAAAAACGGCCUCCUGCACGGAGACUUCACUCUACCUCUUCAUAAGGACCAGGCCAAGGUGAAGGAGCUCCUUUGGAACAGUGACUCCUCGGUUUUGGCGGUUUGGUUGGAAGACAUGAACGCAGGAGAGGAUGGCCACAUAAACACACAAAUCCAGCUGUGGUCAGUGGGGAACUACCACUGGUACCUGAAGCAGUCGCUGCGUUUCGGAGGGGCUCAGGAGGCUCCUGUGUGUGUGGCGUGGGACCCGGAGCGCCCCCUACAGCUGCACCUGGUGACCCACGGCUGGACCUGCCUCACCUACCACUGGGGCUGGACCACCGACCGCAGUCAGGAAGAUACUCUCCAUGACAACGCCAACGUGGCUGUGAUUGAUGGAGAUAAGGUGCUGGUGACGGCGUUUCGGCAGUGUGUGGUGCCUCCACCAAUGAGCUCCUUUGAGCUGCAGCUCCCCACUCCUGUUACCAUGGUGACCUUCUGCUCUGAGGCAGGACACUCCAGUGACCUUGCUGCCCUGACCGACGAUGGGCGCCUGUGUGUGUAUGGACAAGGAGAGGGAGGGGCCAGUGCGUCCGGGAAAGGGGGGUUUAGAAUCAUCACACAUCCCCCUGUGCUGAAGAAUACUUACAGAGUGGAGCUGGGUGGGGCGGAACCCCUUGCGCUCCGAUUGGUUGUCUGGAUCAGAGAGAACAGCUUCCUGGGUGUGACCUGUGGAGAAAAGCUCAACGAAUCAAAAGUGCUCCUGCUGAAACCCUCAGCCGAUCACAGCCUGCUGCAGAUCAGUUCACAGGUGUGUGUGCCGAAGCAUGUGAUCAGUGUAUGUCACAGUGGGAAGAGCAACACGGUGGCUUUACAGCUGGAAGAUGGACAAAUUCGGAAACUUCUGUGGGAGGGUUGCGAGCUGGCUACAGUACCAUGGGAGGACAGUACAGGGAGUCAUGUGAAUUUCCCCCAGCCAUGUGAGCACACCGCUCUGUGUACCAUCUCCGGAGAGGAGUUUCCUCUGGGUCUGACUGAUCGGGCCCAUCUUUACUUAGGAGACACAGAGCUGGCAUCGGGAGUGUCCUCGUUUGUGGUGUGUGAUGACUUCCUUCUGCUUACCACACACUCACACACCUGCAGAUGUAUCCAGCUCAACACACAAACCAUCAAAGGUCUGGUGUCGGUUCUAAGUUCUGACGGUGGCCAGAACGAUGAGACACUGCGGCGAGUGGAAAGAGGUUCUCGCAUCGUUACCCUGGUUCCCCACGACACACGCCUCAUCCUGCAGAUGCCACGUGGUAACUUGGAGACCAUCCACCAUCGAGCACUAGUGCUUGCACAACUCCGCAAGUGGCUGGACAGUUUAAGGUUCAGAGAUGCCUUUGAGGUUAUGAGAAAACAGAGAAUCAACCUCAACCUCCUCUACGACCACAACACUAAAGUGUUUCUGGAGAAUGUGGAGUUGUUUCUGAAGCAGGUGGACUCAAUCAGCCACAUCAAUCUUUUCCUGACCGAGCUAAGAGAGGAGGACACUACAAAGACCAUGUACCCCUGCCCAUCUAACUGCCCACCUCCAUCUGCCCCGGGGGUUGUUGAGAAGAAGGUAGACGUGGUGUGUGAUGUCCUACGGGCCACCAUGGAGCGUCUCGACCCAAACAGGUACUGCUUGUGCAUACUCACCACCUAUGUGAAGAAGACGGUGCCUGAGCUGGAGACAGCCCUGCAGAGGGUUCACCAGCUGAGAGUAAAUCCUCCAAGCUCCACUGAUGCUGUAAAGGCUGAAGAGGCUCUGAAGUAUCUGCUGUUUCUGGUGGACGUUAACGACCUCUACACACACUCCCUUGGCACCUACGACUUCACACUGGUCCUCAUGGUUGCAGAAAAGUCUCAGAAGGACCCUAAGGAGUACCUGCCAUUCCUAAACAUGCUGAAGACCCUUGAGACAAACUACCAGCGCUACACCAUCGACAAACACCUGAAGAGAUACAGCAAGGCUCUACAGCACCUGAGCAAAUGUGGAGACGAGUAUUUCUCGGAGGUGUUGAACCUGGUGAAGGACCAGCAGCUCUACAGGGAGGCACUGAGUCUGUACCCUACAGACAGCCCACAGUACAAGGACCUGAGUAUAUCUUAUGCGGAGCACCUGAUGGGACAUUCCCAGCCUGAGCUCGCCGGCCUGUUGCUAUGGCGAUGUGGCGAGCUGGCGCGUGCCCUGCAGGCAUUUGUGGGUGGGGCUAGUUGGAGACACGCCCUAUCGGUAGCGAUGCAGAUGCCCCUCCCUUCAGACCAGCUGGCGUUACUCGCCCGGGACCUGGCAGAGAAGUUACUGGAGCAGAGGAGGUAUACAGAAGCAUCAAUGCUGCUGGAGCAGUAUGCCAAGGAUUGUGAGGAGGCCAUUGCUGCGCUCAUCACUGGAGCGGCGUGGGAAGAAGCCCUCAGACUGGUGUAUCUGUAUAAUAGACAAGACAUCACAGAGACCAACCUGAAACCCGCUUUACUGGAAGCUUAUAGCUCACAGGUGUCUUUCCUGGAGUCUCAGAAGGCCUUGUUCACACGACAUCAAACACGACUGACCGUUGUCAGAGAAGAGAAGGAGAAAGCCAAACAAGAGAUGCUGGAUGAGGGGGACUGUGGGGACGUUGAGCUCUACUCGGAGGCCAGCAGUGUUCUGAGUGGCAGGACGAUGGGAUCCGGCUCCAGAUACACACAGAGCAACUCCCGCAUCUCAGCGCGGUCUUCUAAGAAUCGGCGUAAAGCAGAGGGGAAGAAGCUUAGUCUGAAGGAGGGGAGUCCCUUUGAGGAGACGGCUCUACUGCACGCGCUCACACACAUCACACACACCGUCGACAAGAUGAGAGAGGAAAUCCACGGGCUAUUGAAGGCUUUGGUGUUGUUCCAGUAUGAUGACCAGGCGGGGGCGCUACAGCGAGAAUACAGCCAGCUACUCACACUCAUAGAGAACAGCAUCCCACUCAUCUGGACACAAAACAACACACAAACACUGGUGACUGGACCCAAUUCCACAGCCAACAGCAUCACAGCAUCCUUCCAGGGGCAGAGAGCGCCCCCUACAGCUCAACAAGACACUGAGAACUUCACUCCUCCCAAGAUGAGAACCCCCGUAAAGUGGAAGCUCUGUGUCCUGGACUAACCUGUGUGUGUGUGUGUCUGUGUGUUUGUCUGUCUGUCUGCAUAUGAGUACUUCUUACAGAAAGAGUGUGUAAUCAGGUCAAACGUACAAAUAAAGAUGUAAAUGACUAUUA